GCGUUGUAUCAUUUGUCUAUUUGUUGCCUAGCGCGCUCUCGCCUCUUUCUUCUGCUCUGCCGGUAAACAACAUGGCGCCGAAAGCCCGCUUUCAAGAUGGCGAAAAGGUUCUGUGCUUUCACGGGCCUCUGCUGUACGAGGCGAAGUGCAUCAAGGCCCAAGUUAAAGACAAGCAAACCAAGUACUUUAUCCACUACAGUGGCUGGAACAAAAAUUGGGACGAGUGGGUUCCCGAAAGCCGUGUUCUCAAGUUCAAUGAUGUUAAUCUCCAAAAGCAAAAGGAGCUCGAGAAGGCGCACCUGUCCUCCGCCUCUCAUUCGCACUCUGCUUUAAAAGGGAAAAAGAACAAAGCUACUAAGCCAAAAAAAGAGGUGGAGAAAGAACGCUGUUCAACUCCAUCCCAAGAAAAGCCCCAGAAACAGAAAGGUGCUGCAGCGGCGGCGGCAGCUGCUUCCCACCAGCCAGCAACUAGUCAGGCUUCAGAGUCGGGUGGCGAAAGCCACAGAAAGAAACGAAGCCGUCUGGACCCACAUGUUGAGUCGGAGGAAGCAUUCUUGUCCCGAGUAGAGAUCAAGGUGCGGAUACCAGAUGAACUGAAGCCAUGGCUUGUAGACGACUGGGACCUUAUCACACGACAAAAAAAGCUUGUUCAGCUUCCCUGCAAUGUCACCGUGGACCACAUUCUGGCGGAUUAUGUGAAACAGAAGACGUCAGUGAAAGGAAUUUCAUCUAACAAGGAGAGUGCUGUCAUCGAAGUGACAAAUGGACUCAAGGAAUACUUCAAUGUGAUGCUAGGAAGCCAACUUUUGUACAAAUUUGAACGUCCUCAGUAUGCCGACGUUUUAAAUGAAAGACCGGAUACCCCAAUGUCACAAAUAUAUGGUGCCAUUCACCUGCUAAGGCUAUUCGUCAAGCUUGGCAGCAUGUUGGCUUAUACACCACUGGACGAGAAGAGCGUCCAACUUCUGCUACAUCACAUUCACGAUUUUCUCAAAUACAUGGCUAGAAACUCUCAGCUGUUCAGCCUGAACGACUACACAAUAGCACCUCCAGACUACCAACGGAAAGCCAUCUGAAAU